CAGGUGUUAUCACUGCUAGUAGCAGGCACUGUCUACGAAACAGCAAUGACAAUGCAGUUCAUAAGCCAUCGAUUCCCCGAUUAUCAUGAUCCAACUAUAGAGGAUGCCUAUAAAACUCAAGUCCGAAUUGAUGAUGAACCAGCCUAUUUGGACAUUCUAGACACUGCUGGACAGGCAGAAUUCACAGCCAUGAGGGACCAAUAUAUGCGAGGUGGGGAAGGCUUCAUUAUCUGCUACUCCAUCACAGACCGGCAGUCCUUUCAAGAAGCUGCUGAAUUUAAGGAACUCAUUUAUCGUGUCCGGCACACCUAUGAUAUCCCCUUGGUAUUGGUGGGAAACAAGAUAGAUCUUGAGGAGUUCAGACAGGUCUCGACUGAAGAAGGAAUGAGCUUAGCCAGAGAAUACUCUUGCUCCUUUUUUGAGACUUCAGCUGCCCUCCGUUUCUACAUUGAUGAUGUCUUUCACAGACUAGUGAGGGAAAUCCGAAGGAAAGAGUCCACACUGCCCAUGGUAGAGAAGAAGACGAAGAAGAAAGACAGUCUCUGGAGGAAACUGAAAGGAUCUCUGAAGAAAAAAAAGGAAAGUACAACCUGA